AUGGGUUUUAAUUGUCAUGGUCUUGUUAUUGGAAAUGAAGCAUUAUUUACUAAAAUUCCAUCUUAUAGAGAAGGAUUAACUGGAAUGGAUUUAGUUCGAUUAGUACUUGAAAGAUGUUCAACAAGUCGAGAAGGAAAAGAAACAAUUAUUUAUUUAUUAAAUAAAUAUGGACAAGGAGGAAAUUGUGGUUUUACAUCAAAAUUUUAUUAUCAUUCAAGAAUUCAUACUAUUUCAAAUAUUAUUUCAUUUGGAAAUAUUCAAACAUUUGAUGAAUAUUCAAAAAAUUUAAUUGAACAAGCUAUUGAAAAUCGAUGGUGUCAUUCAAUUGAUGAUUUCCAUUUUCAAAAAUGUUAUUCAGGACUUUCAUUUUAUCCUAAAGAAUUCUAUAAUGCUUUUAUUAAAACACAUUUUGCAUCUGGUCAAAUAAGACAACAUAGAUCGAAAGAUUUAAUUGAAAAUUUAUCGAAGAAAUCAAAUAAAAAAUCUUCUCAAUUUACUCUUAUUGAUAUGUUUAAUGUUUUACGUGAUCAUAAACAUUCUCGAAAUUCUCCAUCGAAUGGUUUAACUAAUGUUGAUAUAUGUAUGCAUGCUGGAUUUGGACCAAUUAAAUUUAAUCAAACAACAGGAUCUUUAGUUUCAGUUAUUCCAAGAUCAAAUAAUUCAAUACCAGUCCAUUAUGCUACUUGUACAUCAUUACCUUGUUUAUCUAUAUAUAAACCAAUAUGGUUAGUUUCGGAAUCGAUACCUCCCGCAUUUAUUUCAUCAUCAAAUAAUUCGAUAUCAAAUCCAUCUUUGACUUAUUCAUCAAAUAAUAUUUGGUGGAAAUCAGAAAUAAUCAAUAGAAAUAUAAUCAAAUAUUAUAAUAAACUUAUUAAAAAAAUUCAAUUUGAAAGAAAUAAAUUAGAAUAUGAUAUUGUUUGUCAAUCAAAAAUAUUAUUAUCAAGAGAUAUUUCACAAGAACAAAGAAAUAAUUUAACUGUACUUUAUUUUCAUAAAGCUGAUCAAUUAACAAACGAAUGGUUUAGAAGAGCUUAUAAAUUAUCAUUUGAAAUUGAAAGUGAACUUUCAUUAUGUCAAGAAUUAACUUGGAAACGAUGGCGAACAUCUGCCAAUAUUCCUUAUUAUUUAAUUAAAUAUUCUAAAGUUGAAUUCGAUAUUAAAAACUAUAUUGUCCUUUAUUUUCUAUUAUUAAUAUUAUUUUUAUUUAAUCAAUUUUAUUUUAUUAUCAUAUUUAGUUUAUUUAUUAUUUAUUUAUUAUUGAUUAAAAUAAUUCCUAAAAAAACAAAAACCAAAGAAAAAGACCAACAUAUUAAAUUAGAAAGAUUAAAUUUUAACGAUGAAAAUUAA